ACCCACCUGUCAGCAGGAGGAGCAGCAGCAUCUUCCUCCCCUGCAAGUACCUAAUUGGGAGUGGGCUGGUAGUAAUCGGUUUGGUCUGCUGCUUUCGCCCUGGGUGCUGUUGUGACCACCUUGCGGUUAGCGCACAUUGUGCUCCUUCCUCGUUGCCUUGCUCCGCAUUUCACACGCUGCACGCGCGCCUGAGAGCCACGCAGUCCACCGAGCUCUGGCCCACAGGUGUAUGUUUCCCCCGUGUCACCCAAGCGCACAUGCUCAUGCACCGCCGUGCAUGUGCGCUCGCUCUCGCACGUGCAUCCAUGCGUGCACGAGGAGCGUUUUUCCCCUCCGCUAGGGCAUAACGUGACCGUUUUCGCUGGAUGGUAUGAGACUGCCUGAGAAAGGGAGUGAUUUGAGGGGGGGGGGGGGGGAAGGGGGGGAGGAGGAGGGGGGGGAGGAGGCGGAGGGGGGGAAGCAACAGGCGGGGGAGGGGAGUGGGAGAGAAGAAGUCUCGGAAGCUCGUAUGGAGUAUGGCAUGGACAACUGGCCGCAUGGUGGUGCUCCUUCAGCACCACUCACUCGCUUUUGCGUUCCACAUUGGACCGCGCUGGAUUGCAACAACCACUGCCACCACCAUCACCACCAUCAUCACCAUCAUAACCACUAUCGUCAUCAUCCUCACCAUCUUCAAGAGUCGCAUCAUCAUCAGAUCAGGGCCAUCACCUCAUGGCUGUGUUUGUUCCCACCUAUGUCUCUUGCUGCUACUGCGGCCAUAGCUGCUGUUGCUGUGUCAUACCCGGUACUACCGUACCUGUGUUUGGGUUCCAUUCUUUUGCCAUCACUAAUGGAUAUACGCGCCUAGGUGUGUACAUCCGGGGGAAACAAUCCCCCGGAUAUAAUCCCCUUUGCCCAGGAUCUAAUCCCUAUACGCACAGGGGGGAAACUAAUCUGGGGGAAACGCACCUCCCCUUUGCCCGGGAUCUAAUCCCUAUACGCACCCCCUGAAAUUCCCGCGCAAGAAUCUUUUGCUGACUGGGUUGAUUACAAAUUCGAG